UAUAAGACAGCGCUUAUGUUUUUCACUUAUUGUACACUAUUUCAUUUCAACAGGCGAGACAUUUAUCUAUAAACAUUUAUGAUCGAUAUAGUAAUGAGCUGGAUGAUUUUGGAUUGGUAAUACAAAAAGAAAUACAUUCAAAGAUGACAUUAUCUUAAUGUAGAUAAAGAUUUCGACAAUUUGGAGUUCCCUCGUCAUUAUCUUAAUGUAGAUAAAAAUUUCUACAAUUUGGAGUUCCCCCAAAUAUCAUCAAACAUGCUGAGUAUUUGGAAACAGUGGUGCUGUAGUGUCGUUAUGUUGCUCUACGUUUGUUUGAGCAUCCACCUCUCAGUAUUAGCAGCUCCAUUAGACACAACGAGAACAGACGUUUCAGUGGAAAAUACCACUGAAUAUACUUCAACAAUCGAUACAUCAGCCUUUGACUCUUCAACAGAGAGCACAUCUAUUUUUGAUGAUUCAAUAAUAGAUACAUCUAUUAUUGACACUUCAGCAAUAGAUUCAUAUACUCAUGAUGCUUCAUCAAAGAGUAACAUAAGAUUAGAUUCUACAACUGAGUCUAUCAUCUCAACAGUUUUGCCUGUAAGUGCUGAUCUGUCUACCACUGGUACAAGCACUAUCACAUACAGUGAAACAAUCAUCACAACAGAGUCUGCAGAUAAACAAACAUCCAUAUCAUUUGCUCAAACAACAAUCAUUGAUUCAAAGACAACUGCCAAAGAUAGUACAGUGACAGAUCAACAAACAAGCUCAAUUUCAAUCCCUGUCACUUCCGAUAAAGGAUCUUUUGACAGUGAAGCCACACAUGAAAAUAUUGCUCAAAACACAAUGACAGAUGAGAAUGUUAGAACAACAAUAACAUCUGAUGUCACAGUCUCUAAUGCUCCUCUCCUCAGCAUAGAAGGAAAAAAGGAUGAUGGUGUAUCUUUCAACACAUUUAAACAUAAAAAAGGAGCUCACUCGAUUCAUCUCAUUGCAAUAAUUGGUAUUGUUCUGCCACUUCUUCUAUCUGUGCUUCUGAUCGUCAUGUUGUGGAAUAAAAGAUACUAUUACAAGCAUAUUGGUUUUGUGUAACACAAACAGGACAUUAAGAAGAAUUAAUCGUGAACUGAGUUCCAUAAAAGAGUGAACAUACUAAGAACAUUGAUUAGUAAGUCAGCCAAUGCAUUGGAGAUGAUUAAUUUGAGGGAAGUUAAAGCAAUCUCAGGUAGUCUAGGACUUUGAAGCAAACUUCAUCUUCUUGUACUUUGAAUAUUAAGGGGAACCUUACAAAUAC